AUGAGUUUCACGGUUAGAUGUGUUAUUUAAGUGCUCGUGUAAUAUAGAUACCUUUAAAAAGUUCUCGGAACCAAAUAAGAACUUUGUAACUAUCGACAGUCCACUACUUUUUACCAUAACUUAAGGCAGAGCUUACGUAUAACCGGUGCAUCAGACUCCUGAGCAGGUAUCUGUGGCGCACACCAUCGCCGUGCGUAAAACAGAGCAGACGCACAAACUGAGUGAAUGGAUAAAGAAAGUGGCGAGAGUGUUUUUAGCGUCGCCGGGACGAUGAAUGAGUUACUACGACAGGACUGUGACGAGGUGGGAGAUGAAAUAUGGUCGGAGGAGAGCGACGAUCCUGAAGUUGAUCCAGAGAAGGAGGAGAGAGUCUGCGAGGGGGAAGACAUCGCUCCGGACAACAGCUCAUCAGAUGAAGACUGGCAGCCUGAGACUUCUGCAGCUGGUAAACGGUCGCACAGUGUGGCAUUCCAGGGGAGUAGCUCAGAGGAAUCCGAUGAGGAGUCUUGUCCUUCUCCCUCCCAGACAUCUUGCAGCAGAAGAUUAAGGGGAAGAUCUACAGGCAGAGAUAGAGCCAGUAGCGAGCCAAGCUCUCCAUCUGGUCUCCCAGAAGAGAGGUGGUUAGAUGUCAGCGAUCCUGACAUAACACCCGCCCAGCCUGACUUUAGACCAGCUCAUGCCCCUGGACCCAAACUCAUCCCAACAGCUACAUACACAGUCCUCCAGCUCUUCCAGCUCUUUUUCACAAACUCAGUUGUCCAAACAAUUGUGACGAACACAAAUGAGUAUGGAAGAGCAUACUACAAAACAGCAUCCAACCCCUGGACAGAUAUCACCCUCCAGGACAUGUUCUCAUUCAUGGCUCUGGUUAUUUACAUGGGGAUUGUGAAGUGCUCAGCCUUCACUGACUAUUGGAGAGGAGACAAGUUGUACAACCUGCCAUUUCCUCAGAAUGUAAUGUCCAGAAAUAAAUUCAAGCGGAUCAACCAAUCCCUCCAUAUGAGCAGCAGCGCAGAUGAUGCGGCCAAUGACCAGCAGCAAGGCACAACAACUUAUGACCGCCUAUGCAAGAUAAAGCCCCUCUAUGAGGAGCUGCGAGCUGCAUGCAAACAAAAUUAUCACCCAGCACAGGCAAUUACAGUAGACGAGAGAAUGGUAAAGCAAUGUAUGAGGAACAAACCUUUGCGUUGGGGCUACAAGUUGUUUGUGCUUGCAGACUUAAAGAGUGGCUACACCUGGGACUUUUUUGUGUACGAAGGGAAGCAGGUGUCAAGUGAGAAAGGUCUCGGUUAUGAGUCAGUGACCCAACUGCUGGACACCACGCUUCUCGGCACCGGUUAUAAGUUGUUUGUGGAUGACUUUUACACAAGUCCUGCCCUCUUCCGUGAUCUGCUGCAGCAAAAGAUCUGGGCGUGUGGAAACAUCUGCAUAAACAGGAAAGUGAACGGCCUGACCUCCAAAUCAACUCGUGGCAGUAUCUGGUGGAUAAGGAAAAACUCCCUUCUCUUCGUACAGUGGAGGGAUACUAAGGAUGUCUUUAUGUGUUCCACUUUUCAUACGGCCCACGGACCCGACACUGUGACCAGAAGGGUAAAGGGCGAUGAUGGCCAGUGGACAAAAAAAGACGUCCCUGUUCCACCGGCAGUAAAAGAAUACAACCAACACAUGAGAGGAGUAGAGAUAUCUGACAGCCUCAUCACUUACUACAAAGUCCUGCACAAAACCCGCAAAUGGUAUAAGACAUUUUUCUACUAUUUUUUGGACAUCGCCACAGUGAACGCCUUUAUACUGCAUAAAGAGCUGGCCAUGGGGAAAGGUGAAAAACCCUUGACACAGAAGGCCUUCAGGGAAACUCUGGCUGAGCAGCUGGCACAGGUAGGCUCAGCACCACCAUCCACACCAGCACCACCUGCACCUGCGCCUGCACCAGCGACAUCGGACACCUGGCAUCACAAACCAGUAUACAUAGCUGGUGACAGCUCAAAAGGCAGACUGAAAUGCAGGCAGUGCCAUUCAAAGACUCCUGUCAAGUGUCGAUCCUGCAACAUCCCUCUGUGUUUUGUGGCCAAUAGGGACUGUUACAAUGCCUGGCACGAUGCAGAAGGACUGUAGAUUGCAUGCAGAUGUGAAAUUGGUUGUAAAUAGUGUAGGGAUGGGUCCGAAUUCGGUACUUUUAUUGGUACCGACCGAAUUCCAUCAGUACUCCCAAGUACAGAUUCACGUAAAAUCAAACGGUACCAAUGUUUCGGUACCUAAACACAUCCUUGUGACUGCAAGAGAGUGGAAAAGUAGUCAAUUUUCCAUGCUGGACGCGAAUGCAGCAUUGCAGGCACGAGAGUGAUGGCGUCGGCAGCAGUUUACUGAAUCAAUAAAACGAGCAUGGCUGAUAGGAAGCGGUAGAAGGUAGCGCUCAACUUUUCAAAGGUUACGCUGCAAUAUUUUUGACAUGAAGUUCAAGGUUUACCACAGC